AUGGCUGGCACAAGAAAUUAUGACUUCCUGAUCAAGCUGUUGUUGAUCGGGGACUCCGGCGUGGGGAAGUCAUGCUGUCUUCUGCGAUUCAGUGAGGAUUCGUUUACCCCCUCAUUCAUCACUACGAUUGGAAUCGACUUUAAGAUUCGUACAAUUGAACUAGACGGCAAACGCGUGAAGCUUCAAAUAUGGGAUACCGCAGGUCAGGAGCGAUUUCGAACUAUCACAACAGCGUAUUACAGAGGCGCCAUGGGAAUACUUCUUGUAUAUGAUGUCACGGAUGAACGCUCCUUCCAAAAUAUACGUACGUGGUUCUCAAAUGUUGAGCAACAUGCAAGUGAAGGGGUACACAAAAUCCUCAUUGGUAACAAGUGCGACUGGGAGGAAAAGCGAGCCGUCUCUACAGAACAAGGCCAACAACUCGCUGAUGAGCUAGGCAUCCCAUUCCUUGAGGUGUCAGCCAAGAACAACAUCAACAUCGAGAAAGCAUUCUACAGCCUCGCCUCUGCCAUCAAAAAGGGCAUGGAUACAUCGAAGUCUGAACAAGUGGGGUCGCAGGGGGUCAAUAUAGACCAUCACGGAUCGGGGACGUCUGGGAGUACUGGCGGUAAAUGUUGUUAGGCAUGCGCUUUCCUUCCUAACGUUCUUCAAUCUGAUUCGGGCUUCCUUUCGUUUGGCGUCAAAUCUUUCAACUCAACCCUUUACACAGGGGGACAUUUGUUCCUUUCACCUUACCUUCAGUUGUUAAUCACUCCAGAGACACUUCAUGCGACCAAGACCUCGUUACAGCUGAAAUCUGCCAAUGUUAUCAUAGUCAUCAGCUGAGAUAUGCUAGGCGGUAUUUCAAUCCUCUGGUCUAUUUGUUUUUUGAUUGCUGGCGUUAAGAGUUACCAAAUUCAGUUUCGCGACACCGUUCAUGUAAGUAUGCCUAAGAAAAUAACUACUUGAAUUUCUGAGGUU